AUGCGAAGCACCUGUGUCGGCCCCGCCCGGGCCCCCGCCCCCUCCCGCCCCGCCCCUCCCGGCUGGCCCGGCAGAGGGCUCGGCCGCCCACCCGGAGCUGGGCUCCGGGACGGGGGCGGCUGCAGCCAGCGCCUGGGAGGCCAGAGGCCCACGCCCGAGCGCGCUGCUCAGCUAGUGACCCUGCUCAAGUCACUUAUCUCCUCGGGGCCUCACUUUCCCCGCCCCGUACGCCUAGGGCGCGACUUACAAGCCCUUGCGACGCGGCGGCGAGGUGCUUUGUCAGUAGAGCCCCGUGUCCAUGCUCCUGUUCUUCCAAGGACCCCUCCAGGGCGGGAGCCAGCCCUGCGCGCCGGUGCCCUAGCCCCUGCUCCUGCCCCGGGGACUCCUAGAUCCGCUGCUCCGUAUGCUGGAAAGGGGGACGCCCGGGGGAUUCCGGAAAGUUCCAAAGACACCAGCGGUCCUCUUUGCACCGCAGUUUCCUGGGGAAACCGCUUCCGACGCUCCUGCCGUACUGUAAUAGAAAGCUUCAGGGAGAAGGGACAGGGCGGGGGCCACGGGACAAGAAAGGCCACCGUGGUCCUGGCUGUUGUCAGGAAAGGCGACCUGGGCUGGCUGGUGCAGGAGCGGACCGGAAGCCCCAGGAGGAUUAAGAGGAGAAGGUGGCCAGGGAAAGAACGGAUGGGAGUAGAAGUCCGUAGGAGGACUCAAAGUGAUAAUGAAAGUUGGCCGGUCUCCAUUCGCAGCACAGGAGCCCGGUGAGGGUGAGAGCACAGAGAAGGCCCGGGUGCGUGGAAAAGGGCCAUUAGCAGAUACAGACCAUGCCCACACGAGG